AUGGAACAAAGCGGAGCACGCUCCUGCCGACAAGGAAGGAAAUGGAUUUUCUUCGUGUUGGCGUUGACUUUGCUUUUAGGCAUGAAGGCCUCGGGACAGAUGAGAUAUUCUAUAUCGGAAGAGAUCAAAGAAGGAACUGCAGUCGGGAAUAUUGCGAAGGAUUUGGGAAUCGAUCCAAAUAUUUUAAAAGCGAGAGGGUUUCGUAUUGUUUCUGGCUCCACUGAACCGCUUUUCCAGGUAAACCAAAAUGACGGGAUUCUGUACGUAAAUCGUAAAAUUGACAGAGAGGAAAUAUGCCAGCGGACCAGUGCGUGUCUGAUAAACCUUAAGAGUGUGCUAGAGAAUCCGCUGGAGAUCCACUAUGUUGCAGUGGAGGUGUUAGACGUAAACGACCACUCGCCCUCUUUCCCGGAGAACAACAAAAGGCUGGAGAUUUCAGAGUCCACUUUACCGGGAACACGGUUUCAGCUGCAUGCUGCACUCGACCCAGACGGCGGCAUGAAUUCAGUUCAACAGUAUAAACUUAAUCAAAAUAAUCAUUUUCGACUGGAAGUGAAAGAUCGCGGGAAAGAUGGCAAAGUGCCUAUUUUACAGUUACAAAGCCCUUUAGACAGAGAAGCAUCCAGCGGCCACAGACUACUGCUUACAGCCGUGGAUGGGGGUAAACCCCCGAAAUCAGGGUCUAUGGAGAUAUUAAUAGAUGUCCUUGAUGUGAAUGAUAAUGCUCCCAUUUUCACAAAGGAUGUAUAUUCUGCGCAGAUAAACGAGAAUUCACCAGUUGGCACAAUAGUUAUUCGCGUAAACGCCACUGAUCAAGACGAAGGUUUGAACGGAGAAAUUAGUUAUUCAUUUGGUAAUGUAAACAGCAAGGUGCAAGAAAUGUUUGACGUCAACCCGAGCACAGGUGAAAUAACUGUGAAAGGACAACUAGACUAUGAAGUGGAUGACAGUUAUGAAAUAGAUAUUCAAGCAUCUGACAGUGGCGCUGUUCCCUUUAGAACGGAUAAAAGCAUUACUGUAAAUAUCAAAGACAUAAAUGACAAUCCACCUGUGAUUGAAGUAACGUCACUGUCUAAUGAAAUAUCAGAGGAUGCUAGACUAGGAACGACGGUGGCACUUCUUAGUAUCACCGACCUGGAUUCAGGAGUGAAUGGAAAAGUUAUCAGCUUUGUAAAUGGUGACACGCCUUUCACAUUGACACCUUCGAUACAGGACAACAUGUACGCUGUUGUGACAAAGUCACAGCUCGACAGGGAAAAGCAGUCGAUCUAUGAUGUAACAGUUAUUGCAAAAGAUGCAGGCGAACCAUCCUUAACGUCUGAGAAGACAUUACGAGUUGUUGUAUCCGAUGUAAACGAUAACAGUCCAGAGUUUUCCACGAGCAGAUAUAAUUUCUAUGUCCCUGAGAAUAAUCCUCCAGGACUGUCGGUAUUCUCUUUAAUCUCGUCUGAUCGUGAUGAGGGAGAUAAUGCUCUUAUAAGUUAUCAUAUUCUCAGAGAUGGAAGUGAAGAUAAUAAACUGACUUCAUUUCUAAACAUCAACUCUGAGAACGGAGACAUCAUGGCGCUGAAAAGUUUUGACUUUGAAACAGUG